AUGUGUACUGGUAAGUUAUUAUGUGUUGUUGGUAGGGAUGGUACCAAUCAUAUAUACCCAACAGCUUGGGCUGUAGUUUGUGUUGAAAAUAAAAACAACUGGAAAUGGUUCUUACAAAACUUGCAAGAAGAUCUGCAUCAUGAAGGUGGUUUUGGUAGAACAUUGAUGUCAGAUCAACAUAAGGUGAAAAAGAGGAAGGCUGAAGGUGAAGGUGAAUCUAGUGCACUAAAGAAAAGGAAGGGUCAAGGAAAAAAUGGGAAGGGAAAGGGUGAAGGUGAUACUGGAAGUGGAAUUGGUUUAAAAAUGGGAGAAGGUGAAUGUGGGUCAACAAGUGGUGUGACUAAGAAGAAUGGUAAAGAAUUAGGUACAUUGAAAUUAAGAAAAAAGUCAAAGAGGAUAAUAAAGAAAAAGUUGGCCAAAAAGGUUGCAGGCAAAAAUGGUGAAGGUGAUACAUCAAGCAAACCAAUGGACUUGGAUUAA